AUGAUAAAAAAUCGAGGAGUUGAUCAUCGCAUUCUCCAAUAUUAUGGUAUUGCACAAAAUCCGGAAACUAAAGAAUAUUUAAUGGUGAUAGAAUAUGCAACCCACGGUUCUUUACAUAAUUUUCUAAGUAAUUUAAGUAAUUCAGGCAAAGAAUUAUUGUGGAAAAGAAAAAUUGAUCUUUUAUAUAAUAUUUCCAGUGGUCUUGAAUCAGUUCAUUUAGCAG